GGCACCGGGGCUGGGCCCGACACCGACCUGUGGGGGGCCGCGGGACGGUCUUUCCCUGCCGCCCCCGUCCCAGCGCCCCGUGCCUCAGUCCUCCGCCAGCCCGGGCCCCUGGCGGGGUUCCCGCGGCGCUCUCCGCCCGGCGCUGCUCCCCCCGCGCCGCUCGGCGCUGCCCGUCCGCCCGAGGAUAUUUUGCUUUCGUUUCUCGUUUCGCUGGUCACUGGCAGCGAGGCAAGUUUUGCUCGUUGGCGUGUGCGCCGUUCCCGUGUCGGACUCCCCGGGAGCUCCGAGGUCACGGCGCUGGCUCUGUGUGAGGGAGUUUUGGCAACUAAUGUAUAGCGGGCUUUUCCAGUUUUCCUAUAUUUUUUUGUAUUUCUGUCUCCUCUCCACCUUCUUUUGGUAUCUUUAAAAAUAUCUUUGAAAAUAGUUUUCGCGUAUGUUUAACAGUGUUUUAAUAUUAAAUAUGAUUUUAGCUAUAUGUGUGGUACCAAUGGAAUGUACUAGGUGGACUUGCUCUAAAAGUGGUACUGAUGAAGAUCUGCUUGCAAACGUUCAGUUAUUACAGAAUCAGCUGAGGAGAACUGAAAAAAACCUUCAAACAGUAGAGAAAGAGCUUUCCAGUACAAAUGAACAUUAUGGCCACUGCUUUGCUGAGGCGACAGACUUCGCUCUGGAGGAUUUUGUACAGCCUAAUUAUAACAGUCAAGGCUUUUCCAACCCCAAGAAGAAUUGUGGUAAAACAUCUGACCAAGAUUUUCAAAGAAAACCCAAAUCUUACUCAGUAUCCACAACUUCGGAUAAAACUGUGGAAGAAAAUGAACGUCUUCAAGAGCAAAAUGCAUCUUUGACUUCUCAGAACCACUACCUAAAGAACAGAGUGGAAACAAUGAACUUUGAAUUGAUGCAGUCAAAAACAAAAAUUUCGUUUCUUGAAUCUACUUUAGGUACACAUUUAUUCAGCGUUCCGAAGUUGAAAGAACAGAUUUUAAACUUGGAAGCAGAAGUUUCAGCUCAAGAUAAAAUUCUGAAAGAUGCAGAAUAUAGACUAGAUCAAAACCGGAAAACAGCACUGGAAAGAGAAAACAUGUUGCAAAGAUAUCAAAAGGGCUAUAAAAAUCUGAAAAUGGAGUUAAUUGAACAGAGCAAGCAAGGAAAGAGAGCAGAACAGCAAAGAAAUGAAGCUUUGUUGAACGUGAAGGAGCUGACAAGAGCUUUCAAAAAGUAUAAAGCAGAAAUAACUGAAAAAUUAGAAAAGGUUAAAGCUGAAGAAUUAGUCUUGGGAAAACGUUUAAUUAAUUGUGAAAAAGAAAAAGAGAAGUUGAAUGAAAAAUGUAUCAGCUACAGAAAGGAUCUAAACAUCCUAGAAGAGCAACUAAGGCAAUUAAAGGAAGAGAAUAGUAGCACAAAAGAAGAAAUUAAGACUCUAGAGGCAAAGAACACUGAAAUUACAUCAAUGUUGAGUCGGUCUGAUCAGAAGAUCAUCAAGCUUGAGAGUGAACUUUCUGAAAAAGAAAAUGUGCUUAAAGAGCAAAAUGCUCUAAUAAGUGAAAAUGCAGAGCUGAGAGCACUUACGGCACAGCAACAUAACCACUUGAAAUUAUGUCAUCAAGAAAUUGAGAAUUCAAGGGAAGAGCUCAACAUACUAGAAACCAUUAUUUCUCAGUUGUCUUCAAGUACACCUGAAGAGUUUAAAUGGCACCAUUUCAAACACCAGCUUUUGAGUUCCUCAACAAAAGAAGUUAUCUCAGAGUCUUGUGGUGAAUCAAGUAAACCUUUGAUUGCAGACCUAAGCAUUAAACUGUCAAUGAAAGAAGCUGAAAUUCAAAAGCCUCGUGCAAACUUAACUAUCUGUACUGGAGCUGAGCAUCUGUCUAAUGAUAAUGAAGGACAAGAAAAUAGCAGGUUAUGUGGCCUGGAAACAGAGCCUGUCAAAUUGAUCAGAAGUCAAGGAGAGAGGAGAAAAUGCCAACAGUUGGAACUUAUAAGCAAGCAGUUUGAAAAGAUGAGGCGAAGAUUCCAGAAAGAGAUAGAAGAGUUACGCACUAAACUGACAAAAGCAGAUGAUGAAAAUUCUUCUUUGAAGAGCAGCAUGGCUCAAAGGACCAGCCAGUUUCAAAUCAUACAGGAAGACCUACUGAAGAAGGCUUCAAAAACUAGUAGCUUAGAGAAAGAAAUGAGAAAGAAAUCUUCUCAACUUUCUGAACUUGAAGAACAGUUGGAAGAAAAGACUAUUGCUUAUUCCACUGCUGCAGCAAGAAAUGCUGAGUUGGAACAGGAACUCAUGGAAAAAAGCAGACGCAUUCAUGAGUUGGAAGCAACUAUCAGUGAAGAACAUAAGAAAAUAAAUUCUGCUUUUGAAGAUGCAAAGUUGGUUCACCUUGAGCAGCAUAAAGAGAUGAAGAAACAGAUAGAACUACUUCAGACACAGCUGGAGCAGAAACAUCAACAAUUCAUUGAACAAGAGAAAAUAAUAUCUGUUUUACAACAAGAGGUUAUACAUAAACAGCUUCAUUACAUUGAAUCAUUGGAUGGGCUGCUGAUAGGAAGCAGAGAGGUACAACAACUCAAGUCAGCAUUAAAGGUAUGUAAGGAAGAAGUUGUAAUGUAUUUGAGUCAGUCACAAGAAAAUAAGGAGGUAUUUGAAAAUCAGCUCAAAGACAGGUCUGAAGAGCUUCAUUAUUUGCAGAAAGAAAUAAAAAUAAAAGAUCAGAAUAUUCAGGACACGAGUGAACAAACUAUUCUCCUACAAACUUUGCUUCAUCAUCAGCAAAUGUUACAGCAAGAAACUAUUAGAAAUGGGGAGCUGGAAGAUAAUCAGAUUAAACUUGAACAACAGGUAUCCACUUUGGAAAAGGAGCUUCAGAAUCAGAAAGCAUGUGCAGCAGAUGAGUUGAGAAAGGUGGAGGAGAAACUUCGCUUUGCUGCUCAGGAAGCAGAUUUAAACGGACAGAAGGUGGAUGAACUGAAUUGUACAAUCAGGCAGAUUAAAUUGGAGAUGGAUCAGUGCAAGAAUGAACUUAUUGAUAUGGAAAAAGAAGUAGUGCAAUUACAACAAGAUGGUGAAAACAAAACAGUGCAGAUAAAUCAGUUGGAUAUCACUUUGGAAGAAGCAAGAUCAGAGCUCAAUAAAAAGGCAAAUGAGGUGAAUGAUUUAGAAGAUAAGCUGCUUCAAAGUGAGACUUGCCACAGGGAAGCCUUACAGAAAAUAGCAGAACUAGAAUCUGCAUUACACAAUGCCCGUGGAGAAUUAAAAAUCACUUUAACACAGCUUCAGGAAUUGCAAGAUGCAUUACAGAAUGCACAGUCCUCUCUGGAGGAGAAGCACAUUGCUAUCAUGGAGCUAACAACUGAGCUCAGGUAUUGCAAGGGUGAAGUUGAAGACAAAAAACAAGAACUCCUUGAAAUGGACCAAGCACUGAAAGAAAGGAAUUGGGAACUGAAACAAAGAGCAGCUCAGAUUACACAACUGGAUAUGACAGUUCGUGCAUAUAGGGAAGAAAUGGAACAACAAAUAAUUCAGUUACAGUGCAAUUUAGAAAAGUCAGAGUUGGAAAUCAAGGAAUGCAAUAAAAAGAUUGAGAGCUUAGAGAAGAAACUUCAGCAUUCUAAAGAUCAGCUUCGUGAAAAAGAGUUUGAAUUGCUCCAGAGAGACCAAGAAAUAAAUCAGCUGAAGAAAAAAAAACAAAGAAAACAACAUAGCCUAGAAGCUCUUGAAAAGUGAGGAUCUUGUAACAGUUCAGCACUCUGCUACCCUUCGAAGUUGGGCAAGAACUGUGAAGAAAUGAAUGUUGCCCAUUGGACAAGCAGCAACCCAGGAAUGCUACUGCUGGCAUCAUUAUUGUGCAUUCCAAGAGGAAAUGUUAAUGUUGUAUUUCUAAAGAAGGAAUGCAGUUAUUUGUACUGAAGCAGAUGAUACCCUUUUUAUUUUUCCAGCUGUUUUUAAGAUUAUUGCCUUGAUUUAAUAACAUAUUAAUUUAUUUUAUAUACUUUAAAAAAAAUUAUUUCUCUUAAGUUGUAGGAAUUAAUUUCAGCUCUCGUCUUUUUCCAAGGAUUUGGAAUGGUGUACUUGUUUCGUAUCUCACUUCUAAUUAAAAACACAAUGGUAUUAUUAA